CGUCCGCCCCGCCGUAGGCAUGAGGAACCCGACCACCACCGCGGAGUUAGUAGAGGCGAUCGAGCUGGCUGAGGCGGCCCAUCGACGCGAGGCGGGGGAGCGAGUACCACCCUUUUCCCGGAGGGUGGUUCCAGAGCAGCGCGCGCCGGAGGGCACCUCGCGGCCGGUAGACAGGACGGCGGCCCCCGAGCCUCAAGAUGAGUCGAUGCCUACGGCGCCCUCUUCUCCCAAAGCUCGGACCUGGUGGGCAGGCUGUGUAGUCCAUCAGGAACUCCCAAAAGGGGCUCCGACGGCCACGGUUAGGAUUGGCAACCGGCAUUAUAAAGCAGUUCUAGAUUCCGGAAGUACCGUCAGCCUCGUCCAGCCAGGAAUACUGCCCCCACCGCACGAAACCAAAGCCACCCUACCCAUUACCUGUGUCCACGGGGACACGCGGGAGGUUCCCGUCCGCCGCAUCACCAUCGCCGCGGCCCCAGGUGCGUGGCCAGUGGAGGUUGGAUUGGUCAAGGACCUUCCCGUGACGGUUCUGCUGGGACGAGACUGGCCGGGGUUCGAGGCCCUGCUCCGCGCUGCUACACAGCCUGCCUGCCCACCCGGGGGUCGCCGUGGACGGCGCGCUCCCAGGAAAAUCAGCGGCCGCCCCGUUCUCCUGGCCUCCGACAGUGGGCGAGAUGACGCCAGCGAAUGACCGACCGACCCAGCCCUAAAGAAGGGAGCUCCGGAAUUGUCACCGCACGGCACGAACCACGCACGGAGAGCACCGCACCACAGCCUUCAACCACUCCACACCUAUCACGCCACUCUUUAUUCAAUAAAUCCACCCUCCGGGGUAUUUAUUUGAGCUCUCCUUGUCGCGUGAUUCUUCCACCCC